AGCUUGUGUGCUUCUGAUGAUACCGAGGUCCACUUCAAGUCCGUUCACAGUUUUGGCCUAAAGAAAAUCAAGACUCGGCUGCCCCCUGUUGGCCAAACAAGGAACAUCGUCCUACGAUGACAGGCUACCGAGGGAGACUUGAAUGAAAGCGGGCCGUGUGGAGGUGGACCCCGGGGAACAUCGUCAUGGACGCUCGGAACGAGCGCGAGAGGCUGCUGGACGCAGAACGAGAAGAAGAUGAUCCCACCGGACUCAUGGCCGAGCAGGACGCUUAUCUCAGCAAAGUGAAGAACAGGAAGUUGUACCUGGCCACCUUUGUGUCAGUGCUGGGUCCCAUGAGCUUCGGCUUCGUGCUGGGCUACAGCUCGCCCGUCAUCCCGGAACUCAGCAGAAGCUCGGACCCUCGGCUGCGGCUGGACGAGGCGCAGGCGUCCUGGUUCGGAUCGGUGGUGACCCUGGGAGCGGCGGCGGGGGGCCUGCUGGGCGGCUGGAUGGUGGAGAAGGCGGGCAGGAAGCUCACCAUCAUGCUCAGCACGCUGCCCUUCGUCUUCGGCUUCACCGUCAUCGUCGCCGCGCAGAACGUUUGGAUGUUCUACUUCGGGAGGCUGCUGACCGGCCUCGCCAGCGGCGUCGCCUCGCUCGUCGUGCCGCUGUACAUUGCGGAGAUGGCCCACGAGCGCGUGCGAGGGACGCUGGGCUCGUGCGUGCAGCUCAUGGUGGUGCUGGGCAUCAUGGGAGUCUACCUGGCUGGUCUCUUUGUGGGCUGGCGCUGGCUGGCGGUCUGCAGCUCCAUCCCGCCCACGCUUCUGCUGACGAGCAUGUGCUUCAUGCCGGAGACGCCCAGGUUCCUGCUGUCCCGGGGCAGGCGCCGUGAGGCCGAGGAGGCCCUGCGCUUCCUGCGGGGACCCGACGCCCCCGUGGAGUGGGAGUGCGCCCGUAUCGAGGACGCGUGUGACGAGCAGGGCUCCAGUUUCCUGGCGUCUGACCUGAAGGAUCCCGGCGUGUACAAGCCGCUGGCGAUCGGCGUCUUGCUGAUGGUCUUCCAGCAGAUGACGGGGAUCAACGCCAUCAUGUUCUACGCGCAAAACAUCUUCGAGCGGGCGCAUUUCAAGGAGAGCGACCUGGCCUCGGUGAUCGUGGGUCUGAUUCAGGUGGUCUUCACGGCCGUGGCGGCCCUGGUCAUGGACAAGGCGGGAAGAAAAGUCCUCCUCGUUAUCUCAGGCGUCGCCAUGGCCAUCAGCACCGCGGCCUUCGGGGUUUACUUCUACCUGAUGUCCAGAGUCCGCGCCGGCUCCGCGGCAGAGGAUCCCCACGCCGACUUGGCCUGGUUGGCCCUUGCCAGCAUAUCCGUCUUCAUCGCAGGGUUCGCUCUGGGCUGGGGUCCCAUCCCGUGGUUGGUCAUGUCCGAGAUCUUUCCCGUCAAAGCCAGAGGCUUUGCCAGCGCGGCGUGCGUCCUCACCAACUGGGGCAUGGCCUUCGUCGUCACCAAGAGCUUCCACGACAUGAUGACUCUUCUCACCAACGCCGGAACCUUCUGGCUGUUUUCCUCCAUGUGCGUCGUCAACGUUGCCUUCACGGUCGCCUUCGUCCCCGAAACCAAAGGCAGGACGUUGGAGCAGAUCGAGGCCACUUUCAGGGGAACGUCGGGCCCCUGAUCCUGUCCUCGCGGGAACCGUCACUCAUCUUUUCAUUUUGUUUUAUCCUCCCAAAAAGUUCUCCACUGCUUCUCAGAAGCCGCGUGGGUGCUGCUAGCGGUCACACGGGUGCUGCUAGCGGUCACAUGGUGUAAAUAUGGGAGUGAAAUGAUCUCAUUAUUAAAACUGUCAACUUUUUUGUUUGAAGGAAACUGCUUUCAAGAAAAAGUACACUUGUUUGUUAGAUAUAAAGAGUUAACUGAGGCACCCUUUC